GUUAUAGCUAUCUGUCUAUCUAUCUAUCUAUUUCUUCGUCAUCAAUUCUGUCUAUCUCUAACUUUGCGAACGAGGAACAAUGUCACUAAUCUUAAAGUAAAUUCAGACUGCACCAAAUUUUUCUUCCCCAACGUUGUAGUGCGGUAAUGGAACAAGCUUCCCGGUGCCUCCCUUCAGUGGUCCAGUGUAACACGACUGACUCCUUUAACAAGUCUUUCUCUGCCUCUGUGGUGGAUAGUGGAGUGUUUCCCAUGUGGUAUUGGUGUGCUGGAUAUCCCUUCACUGGUAGCCUGGUAACAUACACUCCCAGGUCUUUCUCUGCCUCUGUGGUGGAUAGUGGAGUGUUUCCCUUGUGGUAUUGGUGUGCUGGAUAUCCCUUCACUGGUAGCCUGGUAACAUACACUCCCAGGUCUUUCUCUGCCUCUGUGGUGGAUAGUGGAGUGUUUCCCAUGUGGUAUUGGUGUGCUGGAUAUCCCUUCACUGGUAGCCUGGUAACAUACACUCCCAGGUCUUUCUCUGCCUCUGUGGUGGAUAGUGGAGUGUUUCCCAUGUGGUUUUGGUGUGCUGGAUAUCCCUUCACUGGUAGCCUGGUAACAUACACUCCCAGGUCUUUCUCUGCCUCUGUGGUGGAUAGUGGAGUGUUUCCCAUGUGGUAUUGGUGUGCUGGAUAUCCCUUCACUGGUAGCCUGGUAACAUACACUCCCAGGUCUUUCUCUGCCUCUGUGGUGGAUAGUGGAGUGUUUCCCAUGUGGUAUUGGUGUGCUGGAUAUCCCUUCACUGGUAGCCUGGUAACAUACACUCCCAGGUCUUUCUCUGCCUCUGUGGUGGAUAGUGGAGUGUUUCCCAUGUGGUAUUGGUGUGCUGGAUAUCCCUUCACUGGUAGCCUGGUAACAUACACUCCCAGGUCUUUCUCUGCCUCUGUGGUGGAUAGUGGAGUGUUUCCCAUGUGGUAUUGGUGUGCUGGAUAUCCCCUCCCAAGGUGCAGAACUUUACAUUUUUCUUCAGUGAAUUGUAUCAGCCACUUUUUGUUCCAUUCCUGUAGCUUGGUGAGGUCUUCUGGUGGGAAAUUCUCCGUUAAGGAAUUAGAGAGAGAGAGAGAAAUUCAUCUGUGCCAUCUACCAUACCAUCUGACACACCUGUCCUCUGUGGUGGCAAAGCUCACACACACAUACGCACGCACGCACCAGCACACGUCAGCCCUUCUACAGACGAGGGUGAGGGAGGAGGGAGAGAAAGCCAAGGCAGUGAGGGAGGUAUUGGAGGAGGUGGAGAGAGCGUCUUCCUUCCUCCACGCAAAAUUGGAGGAAAAAUUAACGAAGAGUUCCCUCCAUCAAGACACGGCCUCCUCCAUGCUGAGAGAGAUACAACAAAUGGAAAAGCGAGUUGGUAAGGUAGGAGGAGGAGGAGGAGGAGGAGGAGGAGGAGGGAAGACUAGUGAAGAAGAAGGAGGAGGAGGAGGAGGAAGAGGAAGAGGAGGAAUAUCUCUCUCUCACUCAUCUCCUUCCUCCUCCUCCUUCUCUUCUUCCUCUCCUUAUACAAGUCUUGAAGAGAGAGAGAGAGAGAUAGAGAGAGAGACAGAGAGAGACAGAGAGAGAGAGAAUUUGACCAAUGAGACAGAGACUUACAAAGAACCACAUAAUUUGACAGCUGGGACAGAGAAUUUGACAGCUGGUACAGAGACAGAUGGACAGGAAACACAGAAUUUGACAGCAGGGGCACAGAAUUUGACAGAGAAAGAGAAAGAAACACAAAAUUUGACACUUGGGGCACAGAAUUUGACAGGUGGGGCACAGAAUUUGACAGGUAGGGCACAGAAUUUGACACCUGGGACAGAUACGGACAAAGAGACACAGUAUUUGACAGCUGGGACACAGAUUUUGACAGCUAGUACAGAGAAAGGCAAAGAAAAACAAAAUUCACCAUCUGGGGCACAGAGGAACAGGCGUGAGACAGAGGAUGUGACAGAGAGAUGGACAGCAACUCUAGAACGCCAUAGAUUUGAGACAGAGAGGUACAGAGAAAACCUAGGCAGGAAAUAUGGCUUUGGAACACUGAUGUACGGUAUAGCAAGCCCGGAGAGGUACAGAUUUGGGGCACAGACGUCUAGCAAUAUGGGUCCUGAGGUACAGAAUUACACCCAUGUCUCUGUUACACAAGAUACAGAGAAUUCAAUGCCAAGAGAUAGUUCCAGGGCAGAGAAUUACACAGAUCUUUGCCACACUAGCGAUACACAGAAAUUUAUGCUAGAAAGAGACAGUUCUGGGCUAAAAACUUCCACUAAUUUCUCUGCCACACAAAGAACAAAGAAUUUUAGGCCAGAUAGAGAUUGUUUUGAGUUAGAGAAAUUCACAGAUCUUUGCCACACUAACGAUACAGAUAAUUUUAGACCAGAAAAAGACGGUUCUGUGCUAAAGACUUAUACUAAUUUCUCUGCCACACAAGGAACAAAGAAUUUUAAGCCAGAGAGAGAUAGUUCUGAGCUAGAGAAAUACACAGAUCUUUGCCACACUCAAAAUACUACCCCCAAUUCAAGACCAGAGAGACACAGUUCGGGGCUGGACACAUACACUCAUCUGUGCCACACUGAAAACAGACCCAGUGGUAGACCAGACAGACACAGCUCGGGGCUAGAAUCAUACUCACGUCUGUGUCACACCCAAGACACAUCCAGUCCACAGAGGUACAGUUCUGGGGUAGAGAAAUGCAGUUUAAAUCAGUAUACCUUCAUCUGGGACAAAGACGCAGUUGGCAGGAGUAUCUCAGAGCCCGAUUGGUACACAGACGCGACACAGAAGUACACCUGUGGGCUAGAGAGGUCAAAUUCCAGCCCGGGGAAGUACAGUAGCAUUGAGGCACAGAGGGAGGGGAGUGCGGCAGAGAAAUUGAGUCUCAGGACACAGAUUUUGGCUUCCGCGGUACAGAGGUCGAAUUCUACCCUUGAAAAGUACUUCUAUGAGGCACAGAAACCGAGGGAAGACACAGAGAAGGGGGCGUUUUCAGCUGUGACACAGAAUCUAGGGACAGAGGGGUCGUGGUUAUGGGCAACGGAAAGCGAUGGUUUGACCACUGGGACACAGAAUCUAGGUCUUGGGACAGAGAAUUUGGACUUGUGGGCAAAGAAAAGCGAUGAUUUGACCAGUGUGGCACAGAAUUCGACCUCAGGGAUGGAGAAAUUGAUUUUUGAGGCACAGAGCUCAGGUUUUGGGGCCACUGCGACACAGACAGAGGCUUUAGGAGCACAGAAACAAGACGCAACAGACUUUGAGACAGAGAAAUUAGACGCUGAUACACAGAAAUCUAGUUAUGUGACACAGACCCAGAGCUUUGAUGCACAGAAUGGGACAGAGAGAGCACAGACAACACUCACUAACCAAUCUAACCUGACAUAUGCGCCACAGAAAUCAAGUUAUGUGGCACAGACCCAGGAUUUUGAUGCACAGAAAUUGAGUUUUGCGACACAGCCUCAGAACUCCAAUACACAGACCGAUACACAGACAACCAGUGACCAAUCUAACCCAAAAUAUGCGUCACAGAAAUCCAGUUCCGCGACACAGACCCAAGAUACCGAUGCACAGAAAUUACCUUAUGCAACACAGACCCACAGAAAUGCACCCCAGGAAGGACCCAGCGCCACAGACACCCUCCCAGACACCACAGACGGCACCACAGAUACCCAAGUCUUUGCCACACUGAGAUAUGGGACUGGGGGAUUUGACUUAGAGAAUCGAAUCGCUUUACUGAACGCCUGUCUCUCUUCUCUCAAGGCGAUGGAGGAGGGACUGAAGGAGGAAGGAAGAGGAGGAAGAGGAGAAGAGGAGGAGGAGGAGGAAGAGGAGGAGGAGGAGGAGGGAAGAGGAGAUAUGGAGGGGAAUUUAACGUGUGAUUCUCUGUUACAAAUUUUUACGAAAGCUGUGAAUGUUUUGGGAGAGAUUUAGAGAGAGAGAGAGAGAGAGAGAGAGAGAGAGAGAGAGAGAGAGAGAGAGAGAGAGAGAGAGAGAGAGAGAGAGAGAGAGA